UAAAAGAAACCGUGCUCGGUCUCGAGAGUCGUUUCCUGCGCAGCAAAUCGCAAGCUGUUCGAAUUCACCGCGAACAAAUACUAGCGGCAGAGAAGAUGAAAUUGUGGCCGUAGAAGUGAGAGAUGACGAUGACAGACAAAGAGAUGACAACAAACAUCAAGAAUCGCAACGGUCAAACCUUGAAGAAAAAUAUCAACAAGAGGAAGAUGAAAUAGAAGUAGAGGAACGACAAACGAAGGAAUCGUUGGAAGAAAAUAAGGAGGAAGAAGAGAAAGAUGAAAUGAAAGAAGAAGAAGAAGAAGAAGAAGAAGAAGAAUCGGUUCGAGAAGAUGAAAAUAAGUCAAAACAACAAGAAAACGAAGAAGCGAGAGAUGAUGUUGAAGUUGCAUCUCGAGACGUCGAGAGAGAAACGAGAAAAGGAAAAGAAACAAUCGGAUCGAUUUCUAAAGCGUCAGCUGUCAUCAACGAGCAAAUCGUCACUUCUUCCAAAUCUAUCGGUGAAGAAGAGAAGAAUUCAAAGCAAGACAGCGCAUCCUCGCCCAAUGUCGACAAUCGAACGAAGCAACGACUGUUCGACUUUGAUUGCAUGACUGCCAGUCCAGUCGACAUGUCAUGUUCGAGUUCAGCGAUUGCAAUUUCCAACGUUUUAUCUGAUAUGUUCCUUCGACCCCCCAAUCCAUCGUCUGAUAAAUGUUGUCUUAGUCCAGAAGAAAUAACGUUGGAAUGCAAUAAACAGGUAGAAGGAGAAAGUUGUGCAGCUUCACCCAAGACGAGAUCUGAUGAAACGGAACGUGUUGGUAUUGCAAAUACAAGAACUGAGAAUAGAAUGAGAAAAAUACGAGUGUGUGAAAGACUUGUUGAUCAGUUUCUAGCAGCAGCUGCGCCAAAUACCAUGGACGACAUCGAGACUGGUGGAAUUCUUUGCGGAAAAGAAAUCAAUGGAGUGUUAGACGUAACUCAUAUUCUCAUUCCUAAACAAACGGGAAAUUCAUUUUCCUGUACAACGUAUGACGAAGAUGACUUGGUGUUUUAUCAACUUGAACAUGAGCUCAUGACUGUGGGAUGGAUUCACACUCAUCCCUCUCAUGGCUGUUUUCUGUCAAGUGUUGACCUUCAUUGUCACUACUCGUAUCAGAGACUGAUGAAAGAGUCAAUAGCUAUCGUGUGUGCUCCAGAACGGUAA